AUGUUUGUUUCCUCUUUUAUUUCUUACCUCUCUUUCUUUUCCUUCUCUCAUUUUCUUGAUUUUUCUCUUUCUUUUCUUAUUUUCUUGCUUACUUUUUACCUUUCUUUUUUUCUCAUUCUAUUGUUUUCUUUUUCUCUUUCUUUUCCUAUUUUCUUGCUUGCUUCUUUUAUCUCUCUUUUAUAUUGUAGUGUCUUUUCUUUUUUCUCUUUUAUUGCUCUUUUUCUUUCUUUUCUAAUUUUCUUGUUUCCUCUCUUGUCUUUUUUCUCUUUUUAUUGUUUCCUCUUUCCCUCUUUUUCUUUCUUUUUCUUAUUUCCUCUUAACUGUUAUCACUCUUUCUCAUUUUCUUGGUUCCCCUUUUUCUUUUACCUCACUUUCUUUUUCAUUUCUCAUUUUCUUGUUUCACCUUUUAACUCUCUUUUAAAACAUUUUCCCACCAUUUUUUUCUUUGUUUCUUUCUUUUACUUUCUUACGUUAUUUUUUUUUACUCCUGAUUUCUUUUUCUCUUUUCUACACAUUUCCUUACAUUAUUCCUUCACUUCUCUUUCUCAUUUGUACACAUUGCCUCACUUUUUCUCUCACUUCUUUACCUCUUUUCUACACAUUCCCUCACUUUUUCUCUCACUUCUUUACCUCUUUUCUACACAUUCCCUCACUUUUUUUCCUCAUUUCUCUUUUCUAUACAUUACCUCUCAUUUUUACUUCACUACUCUUUCUCUUUUCUACUUAUUCCUUCAAUUUUCUCCUCAUUUUUUCUUUUUCUACACAUUUUCUCACUUUUUCUCUCAUUUCUCUUUUUCUUUUCUAUUCAUUCUUUCUUUCUCUUUUUUGACUUAUUUGAAAGCUUCACUGAAAUAUUUCUGCAUAUUUAUUAGUUUAUUGUCAAAUCCCUAUCAAAUACCUGUUCUUGUUAAAUCAUCAAAAUUAAGCAGCCAAGCCUGA